AUGCCGACUCAGUCACCGCAGGAAGAUCUCGCUGGAAUUCACACGGCCCCCCUGAAGACAGCACAGCGCCCCAGGGAGACCCUUUCUUCCCUGUCCCCUGAGGCCCAGGAGAAGCACAGAUCCUGGCUUAGCUUCUGUGCACAAGGCCAGGAUAAACGGACCAUCACUGUCCAGGUCACACCGACGCCGCCUGGCUCAGAGCCAACUGCCGUGCCCAGCCAGUCUCAGGGGACCCAGCAGCUCCUCCAGGCAGAGAAGAGGGCGAAGGACAAGCCAGAAGAUGCCAAGAAGAGGAAAGGGACGUGACUGAAGCCAGAGAAGGAGGAAGCCAUGGCAGAAACCGACCAGUACAGAAUGCAGAGAGAGAAGGAGUUCCGACGGAGACAGUCCAAGGUAAUGGGCUCUCAGAGUAAUAUCUCAGAAGAAACAGAAGAGCAAAUGCUGGCGAGGAUGAAGGAGCUGGAGGAGCACCACAGCAACCACGUGGAAAGCGUGGUGGCGCAGCUUUUGAGCAUCGUCUGUGAUGUAAAAUCAGAAAUCCAUAUGAAUUACCGAGCCACCGACUAGACAUGUGGUGUAUGCAUUCCACGUGGCCACUCAUGGCUCCGUGUUUAGAUUAAGAAGUUGGAAAUGUAACUCUUAAAUUCACUUAA